UUCUUGGCUUUGCAUUGCAGCGCCUUUGUUUUUGCUCUGCUUUGCUCCAAGUUGUCCCUCUGCUCAGAAAUAUCCAAAGUGUUGGCAUGACAGACGCACUCAGAUCCGUCAGAAGCAGCACAGCAGGAAAACGUUCUGUGAUCCUUCCUUCAGCAACCAGACAGCAGGUGCUGCCACUCAGAAGUGCAGCUCUGGCUUCUACAGAGAGUGGGCCGGACCGAACAGGGGCCAGUGUGUGCCAUGCAGCUGCAACAGGCUCUCCGAUGAGGGUGAUGAGCGUACAGGGAACUGUGUGAAAUGUCAGUUCGACACUGCAGGAAAUCGCUGUGAAUGUUGCAAGGAGGGUUAUUUUGAAGAUCCAGUGAACAGAACCUGUCGUGCCUGUCCAUGUCCCUUUACAGAGAACAAUUUUGCACUGGCCUGCCUCGAUGUUGGCUCAGGAGUGGUGGAAUGUUUGUGUAAACAUGGUUACAGUGGAGUCAGAUGUGAGAGAUGUGCAUUUGGUUAUUAUGGCAAUCCCAUGGUGCAUGGGGGCAUGUGCAAGCCCUGCAACUGCAAGAAGAAUGGUUUGAACAUGUGUGAUUCUCUGACUGGAGAGUGCAUCACAUCUGGUAAUAGUAACUGUGGGGAUCACUGUCAUGCAGAGUGUGACAGCUGUACUUACACUUUGCUGGUGGACUCGGAGAAGAUGGAUGAUGAUCUGGUUUGGCUGAAGCAGCAGCUGCAGAACAUCAGUCAUAGUCCUGUAUCACGAUCUACUCUGAACAACCUGGAGGCUAACAUAUCUGAAGCAAAGGUACAGAUGGGGAGGCACAGUACUGCUGUGAGACUCCUGGAUCCAAAGGUUGAACAGCUGGAAGCAGAUGUGGCUGCUGACAGAUAUGACUUGUCUCAACUGAGUGAUGAGAACCUUGACAUUACAUCAUAUUUGAAGAAGACCUUGGAGUCUGCAAAUGAAACGAAGUUAAAGGCAGAAGAUCUAUUUAAAACAGGAGGUCUUCUCACACCAAUACAAGAUCUGAUAAAGCAGCUAACUGAGGCGAAACCUGAAGAUUCAGUUUCUCUCUCUGAAAAGGACAAAGGCAGGAUGAUGGAAGAAGCUCAGCGCAUCAUGCAGGAAAUGAGAAAGAGAGGCUGCACUGCUCAGAGGGACAAAGCAGGAAGCGAGCAGGAGAAGGCACAUAAAUUGUUAGAACUCAUCAGCAACGACAUGAUAGCUGCUGCAGAAAUGAAACAACUCAUCCUGCUUCAGAGUGGAGACUCUCUCAUGGCCUCACAUUCUGCUGUGAGAGAGUUGGGCGAGCUGCUGUUGGAUGCAGAGGACAGAGUUGACAGAGCAAGGGGUCUUAACCUCAAGAGUCGUACUGCCCUACAGGAGCUGCAGCAUCUUAAAGCUCAGCUGGAUAAAGAACAAAGCACUCUCCAUCCUGGGACUGAAAUGACUAAAGAUCUGCUAAAGAACAUUACUGACAAUUUGUCGAUACUUAAGGAAGUUAAAAAAGAAUUUGAGAAGCGAGCAGCUCAGUUGGAUGGUGCCAAGCUGGAACACUUUCAGCAGUUAAACAACAGUUUAAAAAUAGCAGAGGUGGAAGCUAUAGCCCAGGCAGAGGAGCAUGCAAAGGAGCUCAAAAGAGUGGUGACAGAAUUACAACAAGCGCUUCAUACAGCUACUAACAGCACUUCACUGGUCAGCCUCCUGGGUAUAGGGGCCUAUGACAGCAUCAUUAAGGCAGUAGAAAUGGCUGAGAAGGCAGCAAAGGAGUCCAAAAGGGCUGCUGAUCAAACCUUAAAGGAUGUGAAGAAGGGAGGUCUGAUCAGCAGGUCUGAACAGCUGAAAGAUAACUCAAGUUAUCUAUGGAGGGAAACCAGAGACACUCAAAGUCACCUUAAAACGGUGUCACGUACAAUAAAUGCUCACAGGAAUCGUGUAAAUAAACAAAAGAAAAAAAGAAGAUCACUGAGAAUCGACACCUCAUCCAUCGGUGACAAACUCAAAGAGAUCAAAAGAGAUGACACAGCGGCACUGAUAGUGUCUGUGAAAACUGCUGCUUCUGAUGCUAACGCUACAGUCAGCAGUGUGAAAGAGAGACUGAGAAAUAUCAGCGAGGAAGUGGGAAGAAUAACUUUAACCAAUAUCAGUGUGAAUAUAAAUGACAUGUUGACAGAUGCAGACCAGGCUGUAAAAAGCUUCAACAAAGCAUUCCCUGUGAUGAGUGACAAGCUCGCAGAAGUCAAGGCUCUUGGUAGGAGGAUGUCACCUCACCCAAACAUGACAGAAAGCAUCCAGAGAAUCAAGGACAUAAUAGAGGAGACAAGAAACUUUGUUAAUAGGCUCUCUCUUGGCACCACUUUCAAUGGAAAGAGCCACAUUGAGCUUCAUCCUCCAAGAGACCUUGAGGACAUUAAAGCGUUUACAGCUGUCGAUCUUCUCCUCAAUCGGCAUCACAAAAUCCCGGCUAAGUCUGAUGUGAGACGAAAACGACACCAGGAUGAACACAGAGAUGCCAACCUGUUCGUUUUCUACCUGGGCAGCAAGAAUGCUUCUGGAGACUACAUUGGAAUGGCUAUCAGAAACACUGUGUUGGUUUGUGUCUAUAAGUUGGGUGGAGUGGUUCAUGAGAUAGAAACCAGCCAAAUAACACUCGGAAGCGUGAACUCCUCAGCCGUUGACAGAGUUAUCUUCCACAGGGUUUACCAGGAUGCUGAAGUGAACGUCACAAAGAACUUCACGUCAAAGGAGCGUGUCAGUCUCCCUCCUAAACGUAACCUCCCAAACACAAUGACAGGCGUCUUCGACUUGGAUCCAGGCAGUGUCGUUUUCUACGUGGGGGGCUAUCCCGAUUACUUCACUCCUCCAGUGGAGCUGCGUUACCCCAAGUACAGAGGAGCCAUAAAACUCUCCUACCUGAAUGAUAAUCCUGUCUGCCUUUUUAACUUCAAACAUGCUGUCAAUAUGGAUGCAAAACAGCACACUGUGAAGAUUGCACAGGAAGAGGUGUCUGAUUAUUAUGAAGGAAGAGGUUACCGCAUGGCGUUCAUAAAGGAUCCUGACUGGAAAAAGAGGCGACUGUUCAGAUUUCACACAAACAGCCGAGAAACAAAUGCCUUGUUAUUCUACAUUGGAAACAACGAGUCCUUUUUCUGUGUGUUUGUGGAGAGAGGCUUCCUUGUGCUACAAGGUCAACAAGCUGACAGAGAGAUUAGACUUCGGAGUGCUGAAAGAGUGUCUCUGUUUGACACGCAGUUUGCAAUUGCCAUUGCAGAUAAAUUAAUUGUGUACUAUGGGCAAAAUACGGUCUCCACAGAUCACAUUCAAACAGACUACAUCAGUUAUUACAUUGGGGGUCUUCCAGCAGAGCUCAGAGAGAGACACAACAUCACAGCUGCACCGCUCAGGGGAUGCGUGGAUAACCUGAAAGCAGAUGCUGAGAUUGUCGAGUACAACAGGACAAUAGGUGUCAGCAGUGGAUGUCCAGUCUCCUCACUGGGUGUUCGUGCAGCUACAUUGAAUUCGGCUCUUUCUGUCGAUUCUCUGUUUGCCUGGGACGAACAGCCAGUGAGAGUCUCGUUAGGCUUCAGGAGCACAGGCAAGCGGGGCGUUGUUCUGAAGAGCGGCUCUCAGGGCUCCAAACCUGUCCACAAUCUCCAGUUGUCCCUGGACGAUGGCUUUGUGGUUUUUUAUAGUUUUAAUUAUACCCUGAGGUCAAAUGAAAGGUAUAAUGAUGGAGUCUGGCAUUACGUGUCUGCAGUGGGGAAGCCAUCAGGGCUGCUGCUUAGCAUUGACAAUGUAAAUGUGAGUCCGGCACAUUCAGACCAAAUCAGCAUGCAAAGAGGAAAAUUCAAAGGCUGCAUUGUUAAUCUUUAUACAAGCAGGCCGAGUAUUUUACCUGCUGAUCUAAGCUCAUUAUCGCAAACUGGAGACAUUAUCUUUGGUCAGUGCAGUCAGCCUCCCCCACCGCACUCCACAAUGAAAAGGCCCCAGACGCACAACCUUAUUACGACUCCAGCUGGCAGUCAAUGUAGACCCCAGAGAGCAUACCAACUCUAUGAGAAAGACAGCUGGGUCAGUUACAACCUCCCACAAGAAAACCUUAAUUAUAGGCCUCACUUCUCUCUUGAUAUCAAUACCAAAUCGUCCAAAGGGCUCAUCCUCCAUGUCGCAGGAAGAGGAGCCGUCCCCCUCCUGGCUCUGUACAUGGCCAACGGCAAGAUCAAGAUGUCACUUGGUCAAAACAGAAUCAUCCAGCACAAGGAGAAGAGCAAUGAUGGCAACUGGCAUAGAGUUCAAUUCAGCGUGGAGAACAGCACUUUUCAUCUUCUGGUUGAUGGGAUCCGUGUGACUGAUGGCCGCUUACCAAACAAUGAGGGAUCAUCUUUAGACCUGCACAACCCUGUGUAUCUGGGAGCUGGUACAAAAAGCAAAAACACUAAAGGACACAACAUCCCCACAGACAGUGUUAUCAGCUGUAUAAGGGAAUUCAAAAUGAAUGAUGUAUUUGUUGGUGCAGCUGAGGUGAGCCACAAAGCCUUACCGUGCUUUCAUGGGCUUGCAGAGGAAGGGACAUACUUUGGUGGCGGUCACAUCGUCUUAGAUAACUACUUCACCGUUGGCUCGCACUUUUUGUUGUCCUUCAAGCUGCGCCCUCAACACCUCACGGGUCUUCUCUUCCACGUUCAAAGUGAUAAGACCAGCCUUAAUGUGUUCUUAAUGGAAAACAAGGUGGGGGUCAAAGCAAAUGAUGGUAAUGGAGCUGUUAGUGUCUCAGUAACACCUCGUAAAAGCCUCUGUGAUGGAAAAUUUCACGAGGUUACAGUCUCCAAAAAAAGGAAUGCAUUCCAACUAGUGGUUGACUCCGUGUCCAAGGAGAAAGCAGGCCCCAAAUCCACGUCAUAUUCAACGGCCCUGGAAUCGCUUCACAUUGGGGGGACAACAAAUCAAAAUGGAGCCCCUGUGCCUUCACCUUUUGUGGGCUGCUUGCGAAAUGUGAAGCUUAAUGGAAAGCCGGUUGCAUUUGCGAAAGCCUCCAGAGUGGUCGGUCCAGUGAGCAUCAACAGAUGCCCUACAAACUAAUGAAAUACAUCAUUACAAACAGGGAUGGGAAUAGUAAACCUAGUUAGGCUGAAAUCAAGCAACAAUUUUUCCAAUCUAACGGAAUUGUAUUUCUCUAAGCUUCAGUUCCUUUUUUCCACCACAGGAAUGUUUUCCUGAUAUUUGCUCAUUACAAAGCAAUGACGCCAAACUCAUGAUAGCGAGUUGUAAAUCACCUGCAAGCUUAUUUUCUACUCUCCCUACACUGUUCUAGACGCAUUGAUAUUAAAAUAGUCGCCCUGAAGCUGAAAA